CUUUUCGUUUCCGAAGUCAUUCGUUUAGCAAUAACGUCAGACGGAGACCGCAUAGUUUCUCAAAUGAUUUUCAAUUGAAUCUAUACUCAUAUGAUUUACUGCACUGGUAGCAUUUUAAACUUUGCUGUAGUUCUAGACUCUCCACAUUGGCUUUAGCUAAUGCGCAUGCGCUGGUCACGGCAUAGUAUUGUGCCUAGUGAGGAUUCUGGGAAUGUCGGAGUGGGUUUUCUGGAUACAUAACUUCGGGUUUGGUGUGUUAGUGAUGGGCCGGGAGAACAAGCGGUAGCAGUUGUGCUGAGAGGGUCGGACAAGCUCUGCUGAGGCUAUGGGGAGGCGAUAUUUCUGCGACUAUUGCGAUCGCUCUUUUCAGGACAAUUUACACAACCGCAAGAAGCACCUGAAUGGCGUGCAGCACCAGCGGAGCAAGAAGGCCUGGUUCGAUGCCUUCAGAGAUGCCUCGGAGGUCCUUGCAGAAGAACAAACCAAGAAAGUCUGCAGGAGAUUCAUACAGUGCGGCCAGUGUGACUUUGGCCCUGGCUGCCGCUUUUCCCAUCUGACAGUAGAGGAACUGGAAGCUCUAAAGGGUCAAGUAGAAGUGAUUCUGUUUCUCAACCACCUACAUACCAAUUGCCGCCAGGCUGGCCACCUCUAUGUGAGCUGCCUCCUUCACUCCACCCCCCCUCAGAAUGGGAUGAACCACCUGGCCUGGAAUGGGGCUGAAACUGGAAGAAGAUCAGAAAAGGAGUUGCUGCAAUGUAUUGUUCACUCAUAUUUUUUUUUUUAUAAUAAAAUUGUGAAAAACAAUAAUUUGAGAUUAUUUGUUGAUAUAUCCCAAAGCAUGGAGAGGACUGUUCAUAUGUUUAUUUGGGGAGAACAUACUAUGGAAAAUGUACCUUGCUGCAUAUUGGCACUACAGAAUGAGUCUUUUAUACAGCUUUUAAGUUACACACUUUCUGAUUUCACCUUUUGAACCACAGCACACGCUCUGUUUUGUUGUUUAAUUGUACAUUUUAGCUUUUCUGUUCUGCAUAGUCUACUCUAGAGGCAGAUCUCCUUUUAGCGCUUGCUGAACUGUAACAUCAAGUUCUCCUCAUUCCAUCCAUCUUGACCAAAUGAUGCUGGGAAUUUCAGUUCAACAACAGAGUGGACAUUAAUGCAAUAACCUUGUCAGCCAUUCUGCAUUAGACUUUCAUGUAGCUUCCUAUUCAGAACAUUGUCUGAUUUGUUCUAAUCCAGUGGGGUUAUUUUAGCUCAUCUCCAACACAUAUCAGGCAGUGCUAGCACAUUCUAACAAUAGACAUGGAUGUUCUGAGACAAUUUCGCCUCCUUUUUUUUUUUCCCUUUUUUUGGUGGCUUUGCAUUAUUCUCUUUUCGUUUCUAUUUGUCAGCAGUGUCCAACAACCAGGAAGGUGCAUUCUGAGGCUUCAUUUUUGGUUUAUGUAAAGUGGUAGUUUACCUUUAAAUGAAUUUGUUAUGAUGUAGUCAGUGAUUUUCUGGUACAGUUUACAACAGGACUUUAUUUUUCAUUUUAUUUUGUAGUUUUUUUUUAUUGUUUUUUUCAGCUGCUCUUCAAUUUAGACUUUCAACAAAAAUUCAAACAUAGGACAUUUUAUAACAUACUAAAAGUUAAAAGUAAACUGACACUUUUGCCUAUCAAUCAUGCAUAUGCUUCACUGCCAAUGAGCAAAGCAUCAGCCUGCCAAUGGUGUAGCACAUAGAUUUCCGGGUUUAAGGGUAUGCUGUGGGAAAACCUUGUUGCCUAGCUGCACACUUUUGGAAAGUGCUCUUAAUAUUUGUCUUUGCAUUAAGGCCCAAUCCUAUUCAGAUUUUCUUGCUAUUUCCCUCUUACUACUCCACUGCACUUUGUAGUUCACAUAGAUUAUAUUAAUUAUUGGUUCCUAGGUGUGCUGAACACUUACUCCAUAAACUGCAGUAUUAAACAUUAUAUUGUAAAUUUCAAUUUAAACAGAUGUUUUACUUUAGUUACUGCAAAUCCUAUUGCUCAUCAUACUUUCUGUUUAUAUGCACAUAUUUAUCAACAGGUACUCCCUUGUUUCAAUAAACUGGAAAAAUGUG